AUGACAUUUGAUCCAUUUUCUAAUAUUGUUGAUGCCAUAAUUGCAGUGUAUGAUUGGUCUUCAAUUUCAUUUGAUAUUUGGAGUUUUUGGCCACUUACUAUAAUUAGUAUAGUUGGCAGUUUUAUUUUUGUGAUGAUAUUACAGAAUGUAAUCAUUUCAUUCAUGGGUGAUGCCUUUUCAGGUGCAGUCACAGAUGGUAAACGUGGUGUAUAUCGUUUUCAAAUUGACCUUAUUCAUGAAUUUGCUCUUCUUAAAAAAUCAUUAGAAUUUAAUAAUUUAGAUUCCAAGUUUAAAGAUAAAAUAAGAGCAAAAUACAUUUGUUUUUAUGAUGAUCCAAAAAUUACAAAUUCUUGGAAAGAAGAAUCUGAAAAAAUGAAAUCAGAACCAUAUCCUAAUAAUCAAAUAUUAAGUAAGAGUGAAUUUGAAUCUUGGCCAAUUAAAGAUUGUAAAUUUAUUUGGGAAAUAGAAGAAAAAGAUAUUGAAUAUUGGUUUCUUGAAGAUUGA